CGACCACACAACCCAUGCUAGCCCAUUUCCUUCCUACUGGAACCCUCCUAAUUUUUGAUAUGAUUCUUCCUUCAAUUUACGGUAUUGGGGAAUGCACUUCAUUAUCUACCACUAUGACUUAUUUUCUCCUCAUACUUUGUGCAUCAUCAUGCUUCUUUUUCCAAUUCACGGAUAGUUUUCGGACCCGUGAUGGGGAGGUUUAUUUUGGGUUUGUUACUCGAAACGGGUUGGCGGUUUUUAAACCAGGUUUGGAUUUGGAGGUUCCUAAAGAUGAAAAGUAUAAUGUACAGUUUGCUGAUUUUGUACAUGCUGUGAUGUCUGUUAUGGUGUUUAUGGCAAUUGCGUUGUCGGAUCAUAGGGUUACUAAGUGUGUUAUUCCGGGUCAUGCUAAGGAAAUGGUGGAAGUAAUGCAAAGUUUUCCUUUGAUGAUUGGGGUUGUUUGUACUUGUCUUUUUCUUUUGUUGCCUAAGUCUCGUUUUGGGGUUGGGUGUAUGGCCACUUAA